CAGUAGUUAUCAACACGUUUUUCGUAAUUUCAACUCCUUAUCAAACCUAGCACAUUUUUAUUCAGUAAAAUAAUUAAGUAAUAUCCAUUUAUUACUUACCACAACACUACAACAGUCAAUGUUGUGUACUAAACUUUAGUACUAUACCAGUCACACUGUCACAGUGACGACCUUAUCCAGUUUUCCAUAAUCCAUCUCUACAUCAACUAUCAACUGCAGCCCAACUCCAAUUCCGACAGACGGCGUGUCGUACUGCCGUUACUACUUACCAGACGUUAGCGCUUAAUUCUACUUUCACUGUGCUGAACGGACGGUGGUGGAUAGUGUGUUUGAUUACAAGGCAAUACAAUAAUUACAUACCUAACAUUAAGUUCGCAUUUCGCAGUAUUCAAAGACAAUAUUAGCGUUCCGCGUUUGGCGUUCAUCAAUCCUACGGUCUCCAGAACAAGCGUCUGGCUUCCACGUUAUUCCAUACGCAUUUUGGACCACGCGUCGUCCCCGACAUGUCAAUAGCCGAAUUCUUGGAUGGCAUGCCAUCCUUUGAUGAACGCAAUUUUUCCCGUUUCCAUUCAGACAAUGGUCGAAGCAAGCGUGUUCCAGUUUACAUAACAACUGAUGAUCAACCUUGCGACCAAGUUAUUGUUACCGACAAGUCAAAUUUGUUACUCCGAUAUCUACAUAACCAAUGGGAUAAAAAGCAUGGAGGUAAAAAGAGGGAAUUGGUUGAAACUGGUGAAGAAGCUGGCUCGUCUAGAAAACGUCCAAGAGUAGAUUUAUCUAUAUUGUAAAACUUCUUUCAAUAAAAUAAUUCCAAUGUAAGUAAGUUAUCUAACAUUUUUGGACUAAAAUUCCUGGUUUGAUUGUUUCUAAGAGAGAUACAAUUUGCUAAUUGAAGGAUGUAUUAUACUCUAUGUACUAUUAAUACAAUUAUUUAGUAAUACACAUGAUAUUAUUUUGAAUGAUUUUUAGAGUUUGCUAUAAUAUUCAAUUUACAACUGUUUCUAAGUUGUUUCACAACUUAUAAGCUUUAACGAUUAAUAAUUGUUGUAUUGAUGUAUUGUAUGUUUAAUAAUAAGUCAUUCAGUUUAACCUUUUUACAUUUGUUUUCAUUAUAUUGUAUUUAUAUAUGUUAAUUGUAUUUAAUGUGUUACUAAAUUGACAUAUAUUAUUUAUAUAACAAAAUUGUAUACUAAGCAUAUUGUUGUUAGACCUUUACAAUAUUAUACUUAAAC